AUGCCUAUCCGCGCCGCCGUAAUCGGUCUCGGAAUCGCAGGCGUCGGAUUCCAUGUACCUCUGAUUCUCAGCUUGCAACCUUUGUUCACCCUGGCCUACGUCGUUGACACAUCCGCUCCUCCCGAGCUCGAAAAUGGCACAUUCGCGGACAAGUUUGGGACAGGAACACAGUACUUAGCCAGAUUAGAAGACGUAUUAACGAAAGAAGACGUUGAUCUGAUUGUGGUGGCCACGCCAACUGCGACACAUUAUAAUUUUGCAAAGUCUGCACUCGAGGCCGGAAAGCACGUCUUACUCGACAAACCAGUCACGGUAUCCUACAGCGAGGCACAGAGUCUCGGUGUAAUUGCAAAGCAACGCAACCGAGUUCUCUACGCCUUCCAGAACCGAAGAUGGGACUCGGACUACCUCACCCUCCAACAGCUCAUCCGGCAAGGACGAUUGGGCAACAUUACAGACUACGAGUCCCACUAUGAUCGUUACCGAAACUUUUUGAAAGGCAGCUGGAAGGAGAGUGCCAUCCCUGGCGGUGGACAGUUCUACAGUCUUGGACCGCACUUGAUCGACCAAGCACUAAAGUGCUUUGGACGGCCGGACAAAGUGACCGCCUUCAUCAAGAACAUUCGCGGAACUGGUGAUCCCAAGGUCGACGAUGAUUUUACGGUCAUACUACACUAUUUACCCACCAGGUCAAAAUUGCAUACCACGACGGCGACAUUGCGCGGGCACCUUCUCUCCGCCCGCAAACCGCAACUGCGCUUCAUCGUUCGUGGCUCCAAAGCAACCUACAGCAAGUAUGGAUUUGACGCACAAGAGGGACAGAUGCAGCAUGACGGGCAUCGCGCAUUCAACAGAGAAGACUUUGGCGUCGAACCAGAAGAACUGUGGGGUACACUUGAAACCGCGUUCGACGACAAGGGAAACGAUGUGAGGAGCGAAGUGGUACCCUCCAUUCGAGGCUCCUAUCAGGAGCUAUACAGAAACCUGGCAGACGUGAUAGAGACCGGUGCAGAACCCGCGGUCAAGUGGGAGGAGGCAGAGCUCACGAUGCUCAUUACAGAGUUGGCGAUCCAAAGCUCGCAAGAGGAACGGACUGUCACUGUUCCUUCUCUUUCCACGCCCACCCUUUCACCGGUCGAGAGCAACGAAGCAGAUCUUCGACGAGUUCUCGAAGUGCCGGAUACAGGUGAAAAGUCGAGCGGAAGCUCGGCGGCGUCAACGGAUUCACCUCCGUCGUCCAUCCCGUCCACACCAUCCCUCACCUCACCCAAGAGGUCGAUGGCCAGCCUCUCUCCAUCGAACUCGGCCUGGUUCCUCAACUUAUUUCACCGUCAUAGAGGAGAAGCGACAUAG